AUGGCUCGUCUAUCUAACAUAUUGAUGCUUCUUGGCGUCUUGGGCAGCUUUGCGGCUGCUCAGAGGUAUGAUCAGGAGAAGCAGAACAAGGAUGCAACCUGCAACAAUAACUGCUUCUUUAAAUACUUCACCAAUAAGUGCAAUGCCGAUAAUCCAGCGUGUGUCUGUACACUGAAAGACAUGCGCGAGAAGUUCUUCUGCUGCAUUGCCGAGAACUGCGCGGAUAACGUUCUACCAGAGCAAAUUGAGAGAUCUUCGAAUGAUUGCGAUGCACAUGGCAUUCCUUUCACUUUCGACGCUGAAGCUGUUUGUGGAAUUAAAUUGCCUGUGUCAUCUGAGACGGUUUCUGUUUCGGCGACUAUCUCGGAAGCUACUACUGUUACCAAGGCGAAGGCUUCUGAGACUGUGACUACGACUGAUGAGAAUACGACUGUGGCGACGACUACGGCUACGGGUACUGAGAGUUCAGCGGCGAGUCAGAUUACGUCGGGGGCUGAGGCUACUGUCACGGAUAACAGCGCUUCGAGAGCGAAGGGCAUGGUUGCGGCGGCGGCUAUUGCGCUUGGUGUAUUUAUCUAAUAUCUUGUCAUAUCCGUGUCGUGUUCAUUGAGGUUUGUUUCGUAAUUGAAUCG